UUCUUCCAACCUGUGUCCUCCUGAAAUAUAUAUGACAUUUAACUAGGGAUGACUUGGAGUGUCAGCAGGUCGUUAGAGGGAAUGUAAUAAGACACACCUUUUAGUAAACGUGAUGAUGCGGGCCCAGCACUGUGGGGUCACCUCCAGGCCGCUGUCCCAGUUCAACACUAAAUGCUUUAAAGCUGUAUGCUUAGAUUAUAAAUGUAGUUUUGAGUUCUGUUUACUUUCUAAAAUCACAACCAUCAUAACGUCACACAAAUUGAGCACCUUCAGUAAACAUUAUGGUUUUCUGUGAAGGAAAAGCCUUUUUGACUCAGAGCCCUGCUGUGGCUGAACGAUGAUGGGGUGGUUACGUGUCCUUUGUUUACUACAAGUGAAGUAAACCUGUUCCUCAAGUCCCUGUUGAUCUAUAACUGUGGUUGCUCAUAAACAGUGUCCGGACCACUCUGUGAACGCUGCAUUCAGAGAGGAGCUCUUCUUCCUCGCUGCAAAAAAAACAACCAAGUGCAGCUAUAAAAAAACAAAAAACAGCCUUCCUGCCAACAGGAACCGGCCAUGGCGUUGCGCCCACGUGCGUCCUCUCAGCCUGGAAUACUUUCCUUCUUCCAGAGCCCCAAGGUGGCUUCAGCCCUUCGACCGCGGGCCAUGUCCUCCCGCACAGGGAGGACAGGCUCCAUGCUGGAGGAGGAUCUGUCUUGCCCCGUCUGCUGUGAGAUCUUCAAGGACCCCGUGGUGCUCAAGUGCAGCCACAGCUUCUGCCGAGCGUGUCUGCAGAAGUUCUGGAACAAGAAGAAGGCCCGACGCGAGUGUCCCAUCUGCAGGAGGAAGUGCUCGCUGACGGAGCCCACAGUCAGCCUGGCUCUGAAGAACGUGGCCGACACCUUCCUGAGGGAGCAGGAUCGCAGGACGCCUGCAGCCGGAACGGGGGACGGAGACCACGGGACAGGGGAAGGGCUGGUGGAGGAGAAGUGCGUCGCACACGGAGAAGUUCUCAAGCUCUUCUGUCUGGACGACUUUGAAGCCCUCUGCUGCGUGUGUCACACCUCCAAGAAGCAUCAAGGACACCGAGUGUGUCCUUUAGAGGAGGGAGCGCAGGACUUUAAGGCCGAGCUGAAGAAAGAUCUGGUUCCUCUGAAGAAACACCUGCGUUGCCUGUAUGAGGCCAAGCAGGAGUGUGAUGACACAACUGUGCACAUCAAGAGCCAGACUCAGGCCACGGAAAAGCAGAUCCAACAGGACUUUGAGCAUCUGCGGGAGUUUCUGCAGGCGGAAGAGAGGGCUCGACUGGCUGCCCUGCAGCAGGAGGACGAGGAGAAGAACGAGCUGGUGAGGAAGAAGUCGGAGAACAUCACCAGAGGUAUCCUCACCUUCUCGCACGCCGUCAUCGCCAUUGAGAAUGAGAUUUCUUCCAGUGACGCGCUCUUCCUUAAGAAUUAUACCAACACAAAGAAAAGAGCGCAGAUCGCACAGAAUGAGCCAGAAAAAGUGUCGGGCGCUCUUAUAAAUGUGGCCAAGCAUGUCAGUUCCCUGAAGUACCACGUGUGGGAGAAGAUGGCGGAGCUGGUUCAGUUCACACCCAUCAGCCUGGACCCCAACACUGCCUACCCCUGGUUGUGCUUCUCUCCGGACCUGACCUGCGUCUCAAACAGCGGAUGCCUCCAGAAGCUCCCGGACAAUCCCGAACGUUUCGGCCACUUUGUGUUCCUGCUCGGCUCGGAGGGUUUCACUUCGGGCCGCCACGCCUGGGAGGUGGAGGUGGGCGACAAGGCGGACUGGAUGCUCGGCGUGGUCAAGGAAUCCAUCGACAGGAAAGGCCGCAUUUCUGGGUGUCCUGAGGGCGGGUUUUGGAUGAUCUCGCAAUACGAGGGCGAGUACUCUGCCAUGACGAGGCCCAGCACCCCGCUGCAUCCUCAAGGUGAGCUGACCCGAGUCAGGGUGCAGCUGGACUACGACUCCGGAGAGGUGACCUUCUCCAACCCUAUCAGCAUGACGCCCAUCUACACCUUCGUCGACUUUUUCACUGAGAAGAUGUACCCCUUCUUCUGCCCUGGAGCCAACAUCAACGGGAACAACCCCAACCCGCUUAAGAUCUGCCCCGCCAAGGUGGCUGUGUGGAACAGUGCCACGUGGUGAUUUAAAAAAAAUGUCUCAACCCAUCUGUGUGUAAAAUUAACAUGACAUAAGCAAAGUAAGGAGCACAAGUAU